AUGUGGAGGGCGCUCGGCGCCCGCGCCGCGCGGAGCCCCCGCGGAGGGAUCCCCGGCACCCCCCGAGCAGGGACCGCCGCAGGGACCCCCCGGGACGCCCCCGCCGCGCUGCUCGCCCGCCAGUGCAGCUGCGUGACAGCGCACGGGGCGCGGCGGGCGCGGCGGGCCUGGCCCCGGGGGCACGGGGAGGGGGCGGUGGCGGAGGGAGGAGGAGGAGGAGGGUCAGGAUCAGGAUCAGGCUCAGGCUCAGGCUGGGGGGGGUGGUGGCGGGGAGCGCUCCGCGGCCGCCCCGCCCUCGCCGGCCCCGGGCGCUUGAUGGCCGCGCUCGCCGGGGUGUUCGUGUGGGACGGGCGGCGCAUCGAGGAGGAGGAGCUGCGUCGGUGCGUGAGUGGGGAAACACCGGGAACGGGACAGCCUCGGAAAGGGGCCACCGGGAACGGGGAUAUUGGGAAUGGGGCACCCCCGGGAACAGGGCCCUGGGAAUGGGACACCGGGAACGGGAUUCCCAGGUCCCCGGGAUACGCCCACCGAUUCACCCCUGAAUUCUUUGGAUGGGAGUGCCCCCGCUGUAUUGAUCCGAGGUACCGAGUGUUUGGAUCCUACACGGAUGUGACUCCCAGGCAGUUCUUCAAUGUCCAGCUGGACACGGAAUAUCGGAAGAAAUGGGAUUCCCUGGUGAUCAAACUGGACGUGAUCGAGCGGGACGUGGCCACGGGCUCUGAGGUGAUUCACUGGGUCACCCACUUCCCGUAUCCCAUGUAUUCCCGGGAUUACGUCUACGUCCGGCGCUACAACGUGGACAAGGAGAACAACCUGAUGGUGCUGGUGUCAAGAGCUGUGGAGCAUCCCAGCGUUCCUGAGGAUCCCGAGUACGUCCGGGUGAGGACCUACGAGUCCCAGAUGGUGAUCCGACCCCACAAAACCUUUGAUGAGAAUGGGUUCGAUUACCUGCUCACCUACAGCGACAACCCCCAGACCGUGUUCCCGCGGUACUGCGUCAGCUGGAUGGUCUCCAGUGGAAUGCCGGAUUUCCUGGAGAAGCUGCACUCAGCGGCCCUGAAGGCCAAGAAGAUGGAGCUGGAGGUCCGGGAUUACCUUUCCAAGGGCUCGGACACAGCCCCAGAGCCCUGUGGCCCUGCCCAGCUGGAAUACGCCUGAAGAGCUGGAAUUCUGGAAAUUGCCUCGGACAGGGACCCGUGCUGUGGGAUUUCAGCCCCGUUUUCCCUCCCCAGCCCAUUCCCGAUGCUCAAGGACAGGGAUUUGUUCCCCCUGCUGCGUGUGCAUGGUGGAAUCUGCAUCUCCUGGUCAAUGGUUCCUCAUCCCAACAAGAGAAAAACCAUGGAAUUCCCACUUCUUCUGGCAGUGGGUUCUCCCCACUCCU